AUGAAAAGGAAAGUAGCUACUAAAAGAAAUGCUAUUUUUAAUUAGAAUAUCCGAACUAUUACAGUUAAAAAUCAAGAGGAAUAUAUGAAUAAUUUAAAGAUGCAAGCCAUACGUUUGUAGAUUGAAAAAAUCGUUCAUCUAGAUCCAUUAUUAAGAUCACUCCUUAAUUCUAAGCCCAAUCGCAAACAUUAUGCUCGUUCCAUAUAUAAAGCCUAAAGUAAUCGAUCAUUUAUUGAAUCGAAGAUUUAAGAGGGACAAACUCAAUAAAGAGCUAAAAGCUCUGAAGGGUCUUAAUUUGGAGAUAUGUGUAUCAAAUUUAAGCGUCUAGUAUCAAGAGGCUUAUUCAAAAUUAAGAUGCAUGUAAAUAAAAUAAGAAGGAGAUUUAGAAGAUGUGUGAUUGCAGUUUGUCUAUUGCUCACAUAUUUCAGAUAUUAUCCACUUUUAAAAAAGUGUAAACGAUUUUCAAGACCAAGAGUAUCGAUAUUACGCUGUAAACCUCUUUUGGAUAAAUUGCCAAUUUUAUCAUAGAUGGAUAAAACAAAUACAAUUGAUGAUAGUGUCAUGUCUAAGGAGCCUUUAGGUUUCCUUAAAAAGAAACACUUUUCGUAAGGAAAUUUUGAUAUUUUUAUUAAAAGACCUAUUUAAUAGUUUAUAAUGAGAUCUAAUACCUAAACAUAUUCCUAGAAACGAAUAUGUAAAACUGAACAUUCAUAAGUUAAAAGUAUGUACCAUAUUAAUAAAAAAUUAAUACAUGAUAAAAUGUAUCUAAAGUCAUCCUCAAUUAAAAUACUUUCUAUGAGUUGA